AAUAGAUUUAAAUAUCUGUCCCUGGUGUUUGUGUACACCUGGAGUACAGGUAAAUGAAAUUUUAAGUAUAUGACCGGGAACACCUCCCGCAGACAGAAUGGCCGAUCGAGAUGCAGAUCCAAAAUUUUCCGAUGUCUGUGGCGAGAACGUCGAGCUAUCUGCCAACAGGAAGCGAGCUAAAUGGUGCCAUGUAUAUUCUGCAGGAAGAAUCUUCGCUUCCCGCCAGCUGGUGGGAGACGAAUCUUUGGAUGUUUUAUUGGACGGAAGCGGUCACAUGGGUAUGGGGAUAAUCAAAUGUGAUCCAAGUCUACUGAGAGAUAUACGAGAUGGUGUAACUGGAUCCUGCAUGCCAAAACAUGUGACCGACAUUCGGGUACACAAACGGGAAUGUUCCGUGGGCGUUCAGCAGCGGAAAGAGGAUAAAGCAACAAAAUUAUUCAUCACGUAUUCGGGUCAAAAGGUCGUCGUUAAAAUAAAGCACGAGGAGGCUUACUGGCUUACAUUUGAACUGAAGUUUGGCUCCAUUGUCGUAAAAUUCAACAAUCCUGGUAUUUCAUUUCACCAGAAUGCCGGCAGAAACGUAACUUUCCUUGACAAAGAGCGAAGAUCAGCCAAGCUAGAGGUAGAAUAUCCAGCGGUCACGUGUUGUCUUUGGCGGAAGCUGCACAUGAACGAGUACGUGACCUUCAGUGUUCUUCCACUCAAGGACAAAGAAAAGGAUUUGUCAACAUAUCACGUGGUACUUGGUGUCAGCCAAUUAGCGCCAGCACAGCUCCGAGGACGGGACCCGGAAAGUUUCAAGGCGGAUUCCCGCGCACCUCUACCGUAUCGUUGGAGAGUAAUCAAUCGAUUUGACAAAGACGUGUGUUAUGGAGAACUCCGUGUCGGGGUGAGCCCAAAGGGCCGGGUUCGUGCAUUCCAUUCAGGUGGAUUUGAAACAGAAAUGGAUUUGGAUACGGAAAUGAGAUCUUCGCAAUAUCUAUUUGUUCUUAGUUUGUUUCGAACAGAGGUUAGAAUAAAAGACUUGGUGGUGGAGGAGACGCAUUAUGACUACGCAGUACAGUCCUUUCGGAAGGCCUCUAAGAGGUACAACACUGAUGCACUUUAUGUAGACGUGAUUGAUGAUGAUGCCCCUGUUAACGGUGAUCAACAGAACAAACAAGAUUUAAGGCGAAUGAAGAGCAGAAGUUUUCCAAUGGCGCUUCCAACGCAAAUGGAGAGGGAUGAUAGAAGUUCUUUGGCUCUUAAUCAACCAGCCGAAAAUUACUAUGAUGACAUCGCAUUAGGCAGUCCUCUGCACUCAAAGAGCAUCGACUUCCCAAACGUUACACCGCAUAUUAACGCAGUGUAUUGUGACGUCAUAGGAGAUGGCGUUGCAGAGAGUAGCGAAUUUAAUAGAGACACGACGUCAGAAAAAGCUGACUGUCAUUACGACGAAGUAGAUUUUGAGAAAAAUGCAAAUUCAAAGCAAACGAAAAAGAAUAACAAAUCACCUCACAUGAUUAAAAAACCUGUCUCAAAGCUUCUGGGUAAAGUGCAAGGAAUUAAGAAUGUAUUUGUGAAGAGAGCAGAACAUCCGUAUGAUGAGAUCGGUGAUGACGAAAUCAAAAAUCGUAAAACUAAGAACAACUUUGGAAAUACGCUCAUAUCAGUUCUCUCCAAGGACGAGGACGUCGUUGAAAACACGUAUUGGGAAGUGAAAGAGAUACCAAGAAGCGAGAAAGAAAACCAAGCGGAAGUAACAUCAUCCUCUGAAAAAAAUGUUAUUGGAUCUAUAAAAUCAACCUCAAAUUCCAGUGAAAGUGCCGUACCGUUCAUAAAAGUAUCAGAUAUGGAGCAAAUAACCGCCUCAGGAAUUACUAGAAUACGCGAGCAACUGGGGACACACCAAAAACAGGGAACUCAACAAUGCACUGGUAAAAGUGAAAGUGAAACCAAACUUAAAAGUGAUGAUUCAUCCAUGAAAGAAGAGCAUUCGGGAAACAAAGUAAAUGUUAAGCUAUUGAUUCAAAAAUUUGCGGGAAACGAAAAUGAGGCUGGGAAAAUCCACAGCUGUGCAAUACGUGAGAAAAAGACGAGAGCCCCAUUACUUCACAUCAGUCCAUCAGCACCACUUCUCGUCAUGAGAUCAAAAUCUGACGAGAGUCUCGGACUUUCUCGCUCUAUCUCGGAUAAUCCUGCUGUACUUCAAAACCAAAAUGACGCCCAGUUAGCAAAAAAACCAAACAGUGAGAGUACUUCAGAUAUACCGCAUGCCAAGGAGGAAUCGGGAGUGCUGAACGAAACUUUUGACUCAAUAAAUCUGUUGUUGAAUAUAGGGAAGGAAAAAAAACCAGGGAAGAAAAAUAAAACAAAGGAAAAGAAAAAGUGAUCGAGCUCGAAGUUCAAUUAAUUGAUUAUACUUUGAUGCCAGUGCCAUAUGAAUGCAAUAUUACAAGUAACUUCUUUACUCCAUUCUGUCCAUGGAUCUAGUUCCUGAAUGAGAUGAUAUGAUGACAUUAUAUUUACGAUUCGAUUGUUUGUUAAUUCUCAUCACAAUUCUAUGGAGCGCCAAAUUAACAUAAACUCAAAUAAUUGAAGAUAUCUUCAAUUAUUUGAAGAUAUCAUCAAUUCAAUUAUUGCUCUCUUUAAUUGAAUUAAUGCGCGCAUUAAAUCCAUUAUUGCUCUCAUCAAAUGAAUUAACGCGCGCUUCAAUUCAAUUAUUGCUCUCAUCAAUUGAAUUAAUGCGCGCAUCAAUUGAAUUAAUGAGAGCAAUAAUUGAUUUAAUGCGCGCAUUAAUUCAAUUAUUGCUCUCUUCAAUUCAAUUGAUGCGCGCAUUAAUUCAAUUAAUGAGAGCAAUAAUAGAUUUGAUGCGCGCAUUAAUUCAAUUAUUGCUCUCUUCAAUUCAUUUGAUGAGAGCAUCAAUUUAGUAGAAAUAUUGCUCGCAAUAAUUAAUUUAGAGCUCGGUUUAGAUAAUUUGAUGAUCUCUUUAAUUCCGUUGAAGAUAUCUUCAAAUCAUUUACAAUGCUUUUGUAUAAGGAAUUAAUGCGCGCAUCAAUUCUUUUAAAAAGAGCAACAAUUCAAUUAAAGAUAUCAUUAAUUCAAUUGUGGAUAUGUUGAAUUGAAGAUAUCUUUAAUUAUAUAGUUGCUCUCUCUUAAAGAAUUAUUGCUCUCUUCAAAUGAAUUAAAGAUAUCAUUAAUUCAAUUGAAGAGAGCAAUAAUUUAAUUAAUGCGCGCAUUAAAUCAAUUAUUGCUCUCAUCAAAUGAAUGAAUGCGUGCAUCAAUUCAAUUAUUGCUCUCAUCAAUUGAUUUAAUGCGCGCAUUAUAUCAAUUAUUGCUCUCUUCAAUUGAAUUGUAGUGCGCAUCAAUUCAAUUGUUGAUAUCAUUAAUUCAUUUGAAGAGAUCAUCAAUUGAAUUUAAGCGCUCAUCAAUUCAGUUGAAGAAUUAAUGCUGUCAUCAAUUCAAUUAAUGCGCGCAAUAACUCAGAAUUGAAGAUAUAAUUAAUUAUUUGAAGAGAUCUUUAAUUCAAAUUGUUGCGCGAUUCAAAUGAAUUGAUGAUAUCUUCAAAUAAUUGAAGAUAUCUUCAAUUAUUUGAGUUUAUGUUAAUUUGGCGCGCCAUACAAUUCUCAUCACUAUUAUCUUUUCCUACUGUUGGUGUUUUAUCAAUAAAUAGGUCUACUCUACAA